AUGAAGAUUACACAGAAGCUUGCCGACAGGCACAAGGAGAAGCCCGACAAGGCUACUUUUUCCUUUGAGUAUUUUGUGCCAAAGACCACGCAAGGUGUGCAGAACCUGUAUGACCGUAUGGACCGUAUGUACGAGGCGUCCUUGCCCGAGUUCAUAGACAUUACCUGGAACGCGGGCGGUGGCCGUCUGUCGCAGCUGUCGACGGAGCUGGUCGCGACCGCGCAGUCCGUGCUGGGUCUCGAGACGUGCAUGCACUUGACCUGCACCAACAUGCCCAUCUCGCAGAUCGACGAGGCGUUGGAGGAUGCCUACAACUCCGGCUGCCAGAACAUCCUGGCCUUGAGAGGUGACCCUCCUCUCAACGCACCAAACGGCUGGCAGCCCAUCGAGGGCGGGUUCAACUACGCCAAGGACCUCGUGAAGUACAUCAGGGCAAAGUACGGCGACCACUUCGAUAUCGGUGUGGCAGGCUACCCAGAGGGCCACCCAGAGGAGAAAGAGAGACACAAGGACCUCGUGUACUUGAAGGAGAAGAUCGACGCCGGCGGAAGCUUCAUCAUCACCCAGAUGUUCUACGACGUCGACAACUUCAUCCAGUGGUGCCACGAGGUCAGAGAGAUGGGCAUAGACGUGCCCAUCAUCCCAGGUAUCAUGCCCAUUACAACUUACGCGGCCUUCCUGAGAAGAGCACAGUGGGGCCAGAUCAAAAUCCCACAGGCAUUCCUGGACGUCCUCGAGCCAGUGAAGGACGACGACCAGUUGGUCAGAGACAAGGGCUCCGAAUUGAUCGUAGACAUGUGCCAGAAGAUCCUGAACAGCGGCUACGUCAAACACUUACAUAUCUACACUAUGAACUUGGAAAAGGCUCCGCUGAUCAUCCUUGAAAAACUAGGCCUCUUGCCAUCCGAAAGCGAAGUUAACGCCAACCCAUUGGCUUCAUUGCCAUGGAGAAAAUCCUUGAACCCCAAGAGAAAGAACGAAGAAGUUAGACCCAUUUUCUGGAAACGCAGACCUUACUCUUACGUCGCUAGAACCUCACAAUGGGCUAUGGACGAGUUCCCUAACGGUAGAUUCGGUGACUCGUCCUCCCCUGCGUUCGGUGACUUAGAUUUGUGUGGCUCUACUUUGAUAAGGCAAUCGGGUAAAAAGUCCUUGGAGCUAUGGUCAACACCUAAAACUAUCGAAGAUGUCUCACAAUUGGUUAUUAGCUAUCUGACAGGCCAAAUUAAAUGCUUGCCAUGGAGUGACACAUCGCUAGAUGAGGAAAUUGACCCUAUCCUUGACCAUCUACUUGAUCUGAAUAGAAAAAUGAUUAUCACAAUAAACUCUCAACCUCAGAUUAAUGGCAUUAGAUCAAACCAUAAAGUACAUGGCUGGGGUCCUAAGGAUGGCUACGUAUACCAAAAGCAAUACUUGGAGUUCUUGCUGCCAAAUGAGAAGGUUGAAAAAUUGGAAAAGCAACUAGCAGGAAAUGAGAUGCUGACGUACUUUGCUGUUGACAAUAAAGAUAAUUUGAAGAGUAACCAUCCAGAUGGCUCCAAAGCAAAUGCUGUCACUUGGGGUAUUUUCCCUGGUAGAGAAGUUUUGCAACCAACCAUUGUCGAGAAGGUCUCUUUCUUAGCCUGGAAGGAAGAAUUCUACAGAAUCCUUGAAGAGUGGAAGUGGAACUUCCAAGAAAAUAAUGAGCUAAAGAGUGCAGAAUUCAUUCAACAUAUCAUCGACAACUAUAUGCUUGUCAACAUCGUUGAUAACGACUAUAUCUCUUCAACCGACGAGAUAUACAAUGUGUUAAUAAACUUGUGA